UUUUGGUAGAAUUUAUGUAGCUUUUCGCAAAGUAACAAUAUUCCAUUAGAAAAUAUUUAAAUUAAUGAUAUGAUUGUAACUAUAUAUCUUGUGUUCAGCUUUGCAUAUUUCGUAAAGGCUAAUUCAAAUUCUUGAGGAGCGUUCUAAUGUUUUUCCUUUUUCAUUAGAGCCUUUCUCUAUCAUGGAGACGGCAUUUACAAACGAGAGCAAGCUAGACUCAAUUCUUCACUUGGACUUUCAAAAAUUGUCUCAAACUUAUCCUCCUUUGAAGCCUUUUCUCCAAGGUGGACAUAUCGACUUUUGGAAUCAGGAUGCUGUUUUAACCUUAUCGAAAGCCAUUUUAGAAGUGUACUUUUCGUUGGACUUGUCUCUGCCAAAAAAUCGAUUAUGUCCUAUGGUCCCCAACCGACUACAUAUGGAAUCUCCUACAAAGUACAGUGCCUGGUUUUAG